ACAUCGUCUUGUUUUUGCUUCCAUUCAGCUAAUCCCAGCCGUUGGAUCUACACAGAACAGGCCUAAUAAAUAUCGCUUGUUCAAAAACCCUAACCCUAAAACCGUGCAAACUUUCUAUUCUCGGAGACGAAGAUUUAGUGACAAUAAUUCAUGGGUAAGGUGCACGGAUCACUGGCACGUGCAGGAAAAGUGAGGGGGCAGACACCGAAAGUGGCCAAGCAAGACAAGAAGAAGAAGCCACGUGGACGCGCCUACAAGCGCAUGCAGUACAAUCGCCGUUUUGUCACAGCUGUUGUUGGCUUUGGAAAGAAGCGAGGACCGAAUUCUUCAGAGAAGUAAACUUGAACUGGUACAGUUUUGAAUUGGAUUUAUGUAGUUUCAAGCUAAAGAAAAACACUCUUCUGUUUGAUUUAACUUCUUCAAUCCUAUUACUUUCAAACCGAAAUUUAUUUGGUUUAGGAUGGAUAUUUAAUAUCAAUUUGUGGAUGUCAAACAUUGUGAAAAUCAAUUAAUACCCUUUGAAAUUUUUGUUGUUCAA